GAGUGUUGGAUCAAGCCUGGACCUGAGACAUGGAUUCCUCAGAGCUGUAAGACUUGUGACCAUGUUGAGGACUCCACACACUGGCAUCAGAUUGAACCCUUGACUUCCACUGUCCAGGGAGUGACAAUGUUCAGGCACAGGACACCCAAAGGGAGUUAUGAGUGCACAGUGUCUGGGCUCCGCUGGCUGUGUGAGAGAGAUGUCAUUCUGAAGUAUCACUUCAGGAACUGGGAACCCUACAGUCAACUUCUGAAAGACAUGCAGUACACACAAGGUGGUCCAUUGCUGGACAUCACUAUGGAGUUGGGUGAACUGGAGGAAGUUCAUCUGCCACACUGUUUCUGUUUGGGGACCAACCCUUCCCUGAGGAAUGAGAUGAAGAUUCUUCAUGUAGAGGAACAUGGAGUGUCUUUAGAGGAAGUGCAUGAGGUCACCAGAUUCCAUGCUAAGAUUCUCCAUCCCAAGUUCUCAGCUAUCUCUGUUAUACUGAGCUAUAUCCUUUCUUGGAACGUAGAUGUCCACUGUGAGCUGAUGCUCUAUCUGACAGUGAAAAGGGAAACAUUAAUUCCACGCCUGUACCUGUUCCCCAGUAACCCCGGCCAAAUACAGGCUGUGGAACAACAGGAAAUAAAAUUUCAAGGGUCUAAAAGGUUUCCCAACACAAGACCAGAGCGGUCCUUCAAGCUGAAGAGUUCCUUCAGACUGAACGUUCCCUGUUCAACCUCCAUCAAUCCACCGAGGGUUCAUCUCAUACAUAGAGACACCACACCAAGCUUUUUCAGGGCGGUUGUGAAAAUGACAGGGAUUGACAUUGCGAUGGAAUUAUUUGGUGAUGAUGAGACGACAGCGUGGAAAGAAAUAGUACCAACAGAUGAAUACAUCGCUGACAGCAGUUCAACAAGAGGUCCGGCUCGUUCUGCAAAACUGCAGCUGCGUUCUGUACGGACAGAGUUUGUGAAACGAGUGUCAAGACCUGUCCUGAAUGAACUGCUGGACGGACUCCUGCAACACACAGUCAUCAACCAGGAGGAAAUGGAGUCAGUGAAGGUGAUAGCUGAGAGGGCAGAGAAGGCACGUGACAUCAUCGACAUGGUGUUGAGAAAAGGAACUGAGUCGUGUUCCAGGAUGAUCAACCUUCUUCGGGAGAUUGACCCCUAUCUUUGGUCAAUGCUUCAGCUUAACAGUGUUGGGGUACCAACCUAAUGGUAGAAUGGGGACAGUAACAGUGUUGGGGUACCAACCUAAUGGUAGAAUGGAU